CACACCGAGACAAACUCGUCGCGAGAGAAAUGGUUUUCUAAGGACUCUAUCCAGACUGGAACAGCUCCGGGCUCGAGGAGUCACUCGGUACUUCGGGACGCGAGCAGGAGGUACAAACAGAGGAUUUUCCCUCACGCAACUCAUCCUGCAACAGUUGGAUCGGAGAACCGGUACUACCUGCAACAAGUCAGACAUGGCCUCCGCUAAAAUAAGCCCUGCAGAGCGAGGUGUGUCGACAUAGAGUUUCUAUGUAAAUACACCCUGCAGUCAUGAAUGGCAAGGGCUGUCAGCUCCUCGUGUCUCCCUGCAGUGUGUCCCCAUCACUGAGCAUGAUUACAAGACAUCAAUCGCCAUCCAUCAGGAUACCCAUGCGUACCAAUCUAUCCCCCCAAGGGCCCAACGUUAGGUCCUUACCAGGUGUGGACAAAGCAAGAGGGGGAGCUAUAAAGCCCUUCACUUGUGGGAACCCGAGUGGGAAUCCUGUUAUCCUUCCAGCCCUGAGCCUCUGCAGGCAGGUGUUAACCAAUGGCAAACAGCUAACUGUGUCAAGUCCCUCGUCAAGCCAUCAAGGCCCUAGUCCUAAUCUUUCCACGACCACGGUGACAUCUGCAAUUAGGACAGGACUGUGCCCUUCUAAUAGCAGCUUCAAAGGCAAAUCUAUGUCCCGGCCUACUAUGGAGGUAUUUGGCCAGCCAGCUGGUGGUAAUUUACGGGUGACCAGUAGUCCCAUGAUAGUCCAGAGCUCGGGUCCAGCCUCUCUAGUAACAAGUGAAGCGCAUACUUCACGUCUAGUGCCACCACAUCCCCCAGCUUAUCCACAAGGUGCAUUGGUUCCUUACAUUGAUGCAAGAUCCUUACUAUCAAGAGAAUCCCUAGCAUCUACAACCCUCAGUUUAACUGAAACCCAAUCAAUGUUGAGUGCCAGACAGGAGUGGCCCUAUGGGUACCAUGUCCUUCCUCCUCUGGGUCCUCCACAAGGCACCAUUCAGACUUGUGAGGGUGGUGAACAGUUACCCCCAGGCACUGCCACAUCUGACACGACCAUAUCAGGUGGUACCAGCAAUUCUGCUUCCUUGCCCUCCUAUCUCUUCACAGGUGAUCUCAGUAGCCCAAAACAGUCUACACUUUCUAAGAAAAGAGCUCUCUCCAUGUCCCCUUUGUCAGAUGUUAUGGGUGUUGACUUUAAUUCCAUCAUACGCACCUCCCCUACCUCAUUAGUGGCUUAUAUCAAUGGCUCCCGCACAUCUCCAGCCUCCCACUCCACUCUCUCGCCUGUCCAUUCUGACGUUUAUGGUCACUUUCUGGGCGUGAGAGGCUGCUGUAUCCCUCAGGUCUCCUCCCCCAAUAUGCAAUGCUCUUUUCUGGGUCCACCCCCACGGACAGAUUUCCAUUCUACAACAGAAUGUGGCCGCAUGCAGAUGCUAGAAGUGGGAGGAGCUAUCGAGUGUCAGAUGGCUAACAUGGUGGUGGAGCAGCAAUGCCUUCCUGAGGAUGGAGGGGCACUGGAGAAGGCCAUAUGCAGUAGCAGUGAGCCUAUCAGUAAUCUUCUGCCAUCACUACAGUUAGAGCCAGCACUAUUGACUGUUGUCCCAACGGAUGUUAUUCCCCAUGGAGAGCCACCACCCUACCACUCCCACAAACAUAUCCAUCUCCAUAGACCCCACAGCCAAAAACAGGCUCCUUCCCAGGACCUUCUAUGUCAGACAGUCACAGCUCACAGGCACGGAUUCAGCUUUUUGCCACAGGUUUCAAUGCUGGAGGAAGAGGAGGAAGAGAUAGAAGGCUAUGGGAGCCACUGCUGUAGAUGGUUGAACUGCAGUGCUGUCUAUGACCAUAAAGAGGGGCUGAUAAAGCACAUAGAAAAGUUACACGUGGACCAGCGCAAGGGUGAGGAUUUCACAUGCUACUGGGAAGGGUGUCCUCGCAGGUUCAAGCCUUUCAAUGCCAGAUACAAGCUUCUCAUCCACAUGAGGGUCCAUUCAGGAGAGAAACCCAACAAGUGCACGUUUGAGGGCUGUAAUAAGGCCUUCUCUCGGUUAGAAAACCUAAAGAUCCACAUGCGUAGCCACACAGGUGAAAAACCUUAUCUUUGUCAACACCCUGGCUGCCACAAGGCCUUCAGCAACUCCAGUGACAGAGCGAAACAUCAGCGUACACACCUGGAUACAAAGCCCUAUGCAUGCCAGGUCCCUGGCUGUGUGAAACGUUACACUGAUCCCAGUUCACUGCGGAAACAUGUGAAAUCUCACUCAUCUAAAGAGAGACAAUUACGGAAAAAGCUGAGAUCCUCUGUUGAAACGACCCAGGAAGCACUAACAGAGUGUUUAACAAUCAACCCCCUACAACAAAGCCUUUCCCCAUUAGCGAGGAUUGAAGGCAACUUGGACCCAUCCCCCAGCACUGCCCAUUACACUGCUGUUCCACAGAGGCAAGACACAUCUAGUAAUCCCCCCCUGGCUAUGAUGUGUUCCUUAAAGGAGAAUUACAGGUUUGUUGAUCCUUCCCCACACCAGCUCAUCUCUGGGGACCAAUGUGGGCCUUGCACUGCCAUCUACACUCCCCGGCCUCCCACUGGUGCUUCUCUGCAGAACAACCAAGAUCUGAGGCAUCCCAUUACACCCUCUACACUGGCAAACAAUAACCAAGUGAUCCCAGGGCAGAUCAAGAUGCAGUACUCUUCUCCAUUGUACAGCGAGAUUAAACCACAUGCCAGUUCAUGUCAUCUGAUGCAAACUCAAGCAUUUUGUGACAACACUCAAUAAUAACACAGGGGAUGACCCCUCACAGAGUGCCUUGUCUAGCAUUACAAAUGAUGAAAAGAUAACCUAAACACAACUGUUUUUUAAUCUCUUCUAUUAAUAUAGUUGCUGAGUGUAUGAAUGUAUGUAUACAUACAUACAUACACUAUAUAUAUAGAUUGUGUGUGUGUGUGUGUGUGUGUGUGUGUGUGUAUGUACAGAUUUGGAUGACAACAAAUCACAGGAUGAGCAUGUUGAUCAAGUAAUCCAGGAGGGAAGACUUUUACAGUGCAUUUAUUUGGUCCCCAAGCCAAAUCUCCGGGACCUUUAUUGACAGAUAAUUACUACUGUCACGUUCAUUUGCACUAUUUCAUGUAUUCAACUGAAUUAAGUGGUGGCUGAUGGGAGUUCAAUAGCUGUUGAGUGGUAAAAAUAGCUGUAGAAUUGUAAUGAUUGACCUAUGAUGUCCCCUCUUAAGACAAAACAUUCAGCAGAGAGCUAUGAACGUAAUAUAGUUAACACAAUUUUAACCUGGUCCCUGUAAAUGUCCUAUCCCAAACACAAAACUGUCUUGUUACAUUUGCAUAAUCCAUCACAAUAACAACAGCGCUUGCAGAAUUUAGAUGUUUACUUUGAUUUUUGAUUUUUUACAUUUGUAUAACAAAUAGUACUUAACUGAGUUUUUUUAUAGCAUUUUGCACUGCAUUCUUACUAUGCAAAUGAGAGAAGUAAUGGAUGAUGUAUAACACUUUUGGUAAAGCCAUGUCAUUGUAACUAUAGUAACAAGAGAGCCUUUACACUUCACUUUAACAAGCACAAGUAACCUUUUUUUUUACCUGUAUGAAAUAUUGUGCUUUAAGGCAAUGUUUUUUUUCUGUUUCUGUUUGUUUUAAUAAUGCAUAUUUAUGUUAUUUUUCAAACAUAUUUGCAAAAAAAAAAAAAAGACAUCAAAUAAAUCAUUUGCACUCCAUUUGCCAG